UUCUUGUCCAUUUAGAUGCGGCGCAAGAUUGUGAAGAGAUGGUCGAAGUUGUCGGAUAUAUAGAAUCAGGAAUUAGGUGUAUGGAAUGGAGCCCAGAUGAAGAAUUGGUCAUCUUCGUUACUG